AGUUUUUGUAGUGUAAAAUAUCAAAACAUGACGAAAUUUGAUCAUUUUCUGUGAUUUUAAAAUUUAAAACUGAUUAAAAACUGAAAAUAAAUUUGUUUUAAAAAUAAAGUUAAAGUUGUUACAAUUAUAAUAUAUAAAUUAAGUCUAGUAAGCUAUGGAGGAAACGCUAGACGAAAUUUUAUUAGAAAUAUUUCAAUAUUUGCCUAGUUUUGCGCUUCAUAAUGCAGAGCAAGUUUGUAAGAGAUGGCACGAAACAAUCACAACAACAUCAAAAUUGCAACAAAAAAUAGUUUUGGAAGUUAACUUCAACAACACUGCUGAGGCACUUGAAAGGUCCAAAAGCUUUCCAUACAAAUCAGUCAACUUAUCAAUGGAAGAUGGACAAGCACCUCCGUUAUUUCCAACAAUGAAUCGUGAAUUUGAUGCAAAUAUUAAAGAAAUUUUCACAAUUUUAGGAAAUGACUUGAAAAUUCUACAAAUCAAGAAUGUCGAACGUUCACUUCCAAUGCUGUUCUUAAUGACUCCAAAUUUGAUCAAUUUAAACCUUUGCAAUGUAGACGUUAAUCAUCAGCAGCUUCGACUCUAUCCAAAUGAAAUUCUUGAUCAAAAUUUAAGUUAUCAACACAAUCUGCUUUUACUUGGGAUUCCUAGACGAGCUCGUGAGCUUAAUGUUGGACACGAAGGUCCAUUGUUUGCAAAUUUAAAUCCUCGAGGGCAUCCAUUUAUAUUUGAGCCUUUAAUAAUGCAAAGAAACAUAAAUCGAGGUGAUCUGGUUAAUAGACAUUUAAACCUUGCUGUCCAGCAUCAUCCAAGACCAGAAGGACAGCAACCACCUCAACCAAUAAUCCAUCCACGAAUUAGACGAAUGGGUGCCUUUAGAUUGAGGCAAGAGCGAAUCAAUCAACGAAGAAGAGCAGAUCUACUCAGAUCUUACACAAAAGUUCCGAUUGUCAAACUGAAUCAUCUGAAAUUCCUAGAAAUAAAGAGUGUCAGGAAGGUUUUAUGCUGGAUUGAAGCACCAAUUUUAAAAUCUUUUAUUAUUCAUGAUGCUGCAAAUUGCGAUGGUAUUGAAGAGCUUUUGGUGUCGACUGGAAAUUUGGAAAAAUUAGUGAUGGACCAAUUUGUGACGUCAUAUUUUGAAGAUCCCGAAAAUUUUAAAUUUCAACUUAAGCAAUUGGAAAUUAAGUCAAUUAAAGAAGCUCAAUUAGUGGACGAAAACGAGAAAUUUGUGUAUAAUUUAAUAAAAUUCCUAAAGACACAAAAAGAAAGCUUGAAAGACUUGACAAUGAAUUUUAGUACUGUCCAUCCAGAUGUGAUUAAGAUCCUCAACUUCGUCAACAAUCACUUGAGCUUAUCAAACUUCUCAAUCAAUUUUAAAUUAGACAAUUUCAUCGAUAUAUCCUCAACAGCUGCAAAUUCAGUCAACAGCAUCAUGUCUGGAUAUUUGUCAAUAUUGAACAAUUUUCAGCACAUCAUUAGCAACUGUGAGAAUGUGACAAGCUUGGACAUAAAUUUUGAUAUGUAUGUAGACACUGAGGUCCUUAAUCAUCUUGCCAUGUCCAUGCCAAACCUCAAAAGGCUCUCAAUUCAUCCAUUUUUCACAAAAGUUUCGUCAUCGACUGUCUUUGAAAAACUAGAAAGCUUAAAAAUCUCAAAGUUGAGGGAAGGUCCACAUACAGCAACUUGGUAUGAGAUGGCAAUGACUUGUCCUAAUAUUAAGGAACUUUGUUUGGUCGACGAAGUUUUUGAGAUUUCAUCAAUGAAGCUUAAAAUGGUGCUGGAAAAUGCUAAAAAUUUGAAAAUUUUAAAUCUUACCGGAUUGAUGAGAUUUGAAAUUUCUGAAGAAUUUUUGAGGAUUUUUCUGGAUGACAAUGUUAGGAUUUGGAAGAUUGAAGUUCAUGCAAGAAUGCAGCCAGAAGAAUUCCGUGAAAAAAUGACAAUUUUGACUGAAAACACGAGAAUUCAAACUGUUUUACAUCAAAUUAGUUGAAAUUUAUUUUUAUUUAUUGACUUUUAUUGUAAGAAUCAAAAGGAUUAAUGGCAUAAUAAAAAAAUAAUUUAUGAUUGUAACUCUCUCAUCCCGACCAGUACACAAGCUAAAAAUCGGAUUUGCAUUUAUGAAAAUAAAAUCUUUUGGCAUCAAUAUUAAUAUUUGUUUCCUUCCUUAAAUACUCAACACCUUCAUGAAAAUAAUGUUCACAAUCUUCAUAUGAAAACUUCAUUAAGUUCAAAUUUGCAGGGAAAUCAACAAAAGCCUUAAAAAAAUACCGAGAAACAUGAAUAUACUUUGCAUAAAAGUUCAUUACUUGCAAAUUUUGACAUUUUCUUAAAACCAUUUCUAUAAUUUUAGAAUCAAUUAUGAUUUUGUGAUUCAUUAGUGUCAAUUCCUUAAGAUUUGGACAUGAAAUAGCAACUUUGUGCCAAAUUUCUCGACAAUUAUCUUGAAUAUUUGAGAUUUUUAAAAUUUCCAAAUUUUCAAAUUUUAAUUUUUGAUUAAAAUAUUCAUAAUUUGCUGAUUUUGUUUGAAUUUUCAAGGUUCUUAAAUUUAACAUUGUUUUUGAAAUGUGCUCAAGAAUAUUAAAACUUGAUGAUUCCGACAUAUAAAGUGUUAAAAGUGUUGCUGAUGGACACCAGGAGAUAAGAUUGCAUGAGUCAAGGUUAAUUUUACCAUCAAUUUCAAAAUCUUUAAUAGAAUUAUUGACACAAACAAUUGGAAAAUUUAAAAAAGUCGAUUUAAUGGUUUUAAAUGAAAAUUUUGUCAAUUUUUGUAAUUCUGUUAAGCAUAACUCAACAAACUCGACUCCCAUUUUGUUAAUUUCAAUUGACAAUUGCUGUAAACUGUCUUGUUGAGUAAUCAAAAAAUGUUUAAAGUCAAAUUGGACCGAAUCAAUGUAUUCGUCUUCAGGUAUAAUAAAUAGCGAUAAAUAUUUAAGUUUAAGUUCCAAUUGAAUAAUUUUUUUUAAAUUAUUCAAUCUAAAAUCAACAAUUGUUAAACUUUCUAAUUUUGUUGAAAAUUUAAGAAAUUCAUAAUUUUCAUAACCUUGAUACAUAAAUAUUUUUAAAUUUUCAGCUCUAAAUAAACUUGUCACAACAUCACUACAGCGAUAUAUUUUUAAGAAUUUAAGAUUUGGUAUGUUGAUCACAUCAUUAUUUAGAUACAAACCUGAUAAGUCUAUUUUAACAUCAAUAAGUAUAAGUUUUGAAAGAUUUUGAAAAAACCGAAAAUGUUCAAUAUUAAAAUUUCCACGCACAUUCGUUACUUCAAGCUUCUCAAUGUCAUGAUUCUGUUGUUUAAAAAUAUUUUCAAUAACGAUACUGAAUUCUGGUAUUGUCAUGGUAUCUUGUCUCACGCGAAAACGUCCUGUGUUGAUGUUGAUGCUUUUGUAUGGCAGUCGUUCCAUUUUUUUAAUCACCUCUUCGACAUUGAAACGAUUAAUUUCAAGUGACAACUUUGACUGCAACUUUUUAUUUUGUA